AUGUUGCGAUAUCUGUGGCUUCUGAUGGGACUUCAAACCCUGGCGAUGGGUGCACUUCAUCCGCCGGAACCGGAAGCCAUAGUACCCCUGGUGGCAGCUGCUUUGAAAAUUCUAGAGGAGCAGGUUAGCCCCUCGCAGAGCACCCUGGCGGUGAUGGAACUAAUACGAAAGGAUGAGAGCAGGGACCAUCUGCAGGAGGAGCUGAUGACCACGAUCCUUAGCGAGGUGGGCAUCUCGAUGGCACUGCGGACCUUCCAUAAACCACCCAUCGAAGUUCCGGCCAGCUAUGUGGUUUUCCUGGUCAAUUCCGCCCAGGCCUUCAACACCCUAAGCUUUCAAUUCACGGAUAAGCAUUCCACGCGGGAAUACAACUUCCUGAUCCUGUUGACACGUCGCAUGGCCUCGCGAGCCGAUAGACUUCAGGUGCUAAGAGAUAUAUCCAAAACCUGUGUGAAACUUCACACCCUAAAUGUGAUAUUGCUCACCCAGAAGAGGAACGGAACGGUACUGAUCUACGCCUAUCGUAUGUUUAACAAGAACUGCGAUCUGAAAGUAAACCUGGAACUAAUAGAUCGCUUUGAGAAUGGUUCCUUUAUGUAUGGUCACACGGCCAGAUCCUUCGAUCGAGGUCUGAGUAGUUUGUCGGGAUGCCCCUUAAGGGUCAGUUGGUAUCCACUAGCACCCUUUGUCUUCUUCAAGGGCAACUCAAGUGAUCCGGAGGAGAGAUCACAACUCUGGCGAUUAAGCGGGAUCGAUGGUGAGCUCAUCAAGUUGCUGGCGGAGAUCUUUCACUUUCGCAUUCUGCUCGAGGAGCCCUGCAAUAAGUGCCUCUCACCGGAUAUCGGGGAUAGUUGCAGUGGCUGUUUCGACCAGGUGAUAUAUAGCAACUCAUCCAUACUGAUUGGGGCAAUGAGUGGUUCGCAUCAGCAUCGAUCGCAGUUCUCCUUCACGUGCUCAUAUCAUCAGAGUUCCCUGGUUUUCAUCCUGCACAUGAGUUCGCAGUUUGGAGCGGUGGCCCAGUUGGCAGUGCCAUUUUGUGGCACCGUUUGGCUGGCCCUGGUGGUUUCCGGUAUCCUGGUGGUCCUGGUUGUCUGGCUGCGAAAGAGGUUCGUGUGUGGCAACUCCGACUGGGCGAGCCAUGCCCUACAGGUGUUGACCACCCUGAUGGGCAAUCCCCUGGAGACGAGAAGCCUGCCCAGAAGUUGCAGGAUUCGCAUUCUGUAUGCUGCCUGGUUGCUCUUGGUCCUCGUACUGCGAGUCGUCUACCAGGGCAAGCUAUACGACUCCUUUCGUUUGCCCUAUAACAAACCCCUGCCCACCGAAAUAUCAGAGUUGAUCAGGGGCAAUUAUACACUGAUCAAUCAGGAGUAUCUGGACUAUUAUCCGCGCAACUUGACUGUCCUGACCAGAAAUGGAUCCAAGGAUCGUUUCGAUUAUAUCCAAGAUCACGGUGAGGACGCGAGAGUUACGACCACCUCCCUGAUUGCCUCCAUGAUGUUCUACAAUCUGAGACACUGGCAUACCAGUCGGUUGACCCACAUUCGUGAGCACAUCUUUCUCUACCAACUGGUCAUUUACUUGAGGCGACAUUCGCUGCUAAAAUUCGCCUUCGAUCGGAAGAUCAAGCAGCUCCAGUCGGCCGGAAUUAUUGGUUAUUUGGUAAGGGAAUUUGAUAGCAGCCUAUAUGCGAAACCCUACGAAGAGCACUACGAGGUGACACCCAUUCCCCUGAACUCCUUCUGCGGUCUUUACUACGUUUCCUCGAUUUUGCUAACUGCUGCCUUGGUUGCCUUUUCCCUGGAGCUGCUCAGCCUAAGGGUUAACUGGUUGAGGAGGUUGUUUGAAUAA